AUGGGAACAUUCUCUCUCAUGUGUGGUAUGAGCCUGUGUGCCCGCCUCGUUGAGCGCCGGUCUACCGAAAGACGCUUCAAGAGGCAUGAUAGGCCCGGCGAGGCAAAGCCGCGCAUCUUCUGGCUCCAGUGCGGCGACCAAAGGGUAGGCGAUCAGCAAUUCCGUUCUUUCGCCUACUCGGAGGAGAAGAAGCAGUACAUGACGUCCUUCAUCCAUAAGCCGGACUCGCUCCCCAUCUUCGGAUUGCCGCCUCGCUUUGUCCUGUGGGCCGCCAUUGUAUCGUCACUCCUGGGGUUUGCAUGCCAAUUUAUGGGCUUCCGUGGUCUGCACGGUUCUAUCAUCCUCUACCAAUUAGCCUGCACCCUGAUCAUGGCCGGGGUUCGCGCAGGGCUUCGCAGCAGACGCCUUGAGCGGAAGAAAAACCGUCUGGAGAGCUUCCACCGGUGGUCCGAGAGCGACGAACUUGACUGGCAAGCGUUGUCUAUCGUAGGCGACGAUUAUCUAUUGAAGAAUGCUGAAUCGGUUGAACCUCUUGCGCGCCACGACUACUUCGACUUGAUGAACUCGCAUCUUGACAGGGGACUCAAGGGAUCCCCUUUGUCCAAAGCGGCGCAGGAUAUGCUCCUCGCAUCAUCCGCGGUGGAGGUAUCACUGUCCAAAGGGGACGUUGGAAGUGGCGUUGUCGGCUUUCGUCCCAGCGCGCGUGGCGGUCGUCAAAACGACACGCGCUGCUCCAAAAGUGCUGCCGAGUUCAUUCGAAUAUUGGAAGGCAAUCCAAAGUGCGUCAAGCUUGACUUUCAGCCUUUGCAUGUUUUCGAUCCCUACAAGGUGCUUCCCGACUUUGACCUGAAUCCCGCCGCUCGUAUCGUAAAUAUCAGAGCGCGGCUUGGCCAGCUCAGCGGAGACGAGUGCCAGCCCUCAGGUAUACCAUGGGACCCAGAGCUGCAAGCCGUGGCAAGGCGGUUGCAGAAUGCCCUGCAGAAUUCUCUGGGCUAUAUAUUUGGCAAGGCCCCGCUCCAAAGUGGCUGGAAAGGAACUGAGGCUCUCGUAUGGUCUGCCGUCUGCCAAUACCAUGUUUUGCAGGAUAGUAUGCGUCCCAUAGAAGGAGCAUACCAUACGCUUGGGACCCUGGCCCUCCCCAUUCAUUUCUUAUCUUACCAAAAGGGGCAGCAAUGGACUAUAAAUGAGCAUCAACUCGCGGCGGUCAUAGGCCUUUGGAGAAACAGCAUCCUCCACCGACAUUCGAACUAUUAG